AUGGCCCAGAGCGCGCCGGCCUCCCCCGCGGGCGCCGGGGGCGGCCGGGGCCUGCACAGCGGCAUCAUCCAGUGGUUGGUUGAUAACUUCUGCAUCUGUGAAGGGUGCAGUGUUCCUCGCUGUCUCAUGUAUGAGAUUUAUGUGGAAACUUGUGGGCAAAAUGCUCCAGAGCAAGUCAACCCUGCAACAUUUGGGAAGCUUGUGCGCUUGGUUUUUCCUGAUCUUGGCACCAGGAGGCUGGGCACGAGAGGAAGUGCCAGGUAUCAUUAUGAUGGAAUCUGCAUCAAGGAAAGUUCUUUCUUCUAUGCCCAGUAUUGCUACCUCCUGAGUGAAAAAAGGUAUCCCAGUGGAGAUGUUGUUGCCUUUGAAAAAUCGACUGAUUAUAACAGCAUUAUCCAACAAGAAGGAACAUUUGAACAUCAUUCACUGAUUAAGACAGACCUGGUUGGAUCCCCAUUGUCUGACUUCAGGAGAUGGCCAUUUUGGGAGCAAGAACUGGGCAAGAAAUACUCCUGUGAAAUGAUGGCCUUGCUUGCUGAUGAAUACUGCAAUUAUUGUCAAGAUAUUUUACAAAACGUGAGGAGCCAAGAACUUGAGAGGGUAGGGUUUCAUCUAUAAAUUACAAGCAUUUAUGACUCAUUAUUAACCAUUUUACUUCAAGAGACCACUCAAGAGAUGUCUAGUGGCAAUACAUCGCACUCAAGUGCUUUAAGUGAAGCUAGUUUGUAGUUAGUAAUUUCUUGAACAUGAUACUGAUAUUCAGUUUAAUAAUCUGGAAAUUCUCUAUGGUGCUAAUAUGGAUAAUUUCAUGGUUUAAAUACAAAUGCAGCAGUUUUCUUAGAUCCUGAUUCCAGCUGAUUUUGAACAAAGUACUGGUAAUAUUAAAUACCCUCUAAAGAGCCAUUUUAUUGAUACAUGCUAACUGACAAAGAAGCAGGACUUGGAAACAGGUCAAUCUGACUUGGGUAUUGUAAUGAUUGGGUUUUAUUCUAGAAUUGGUCAUAGAAAACAUGGAUAAUUGCUUACGUUUGCUAAAGCUGCCAGAAUUCAUUACACCAGAAAUGGGUUGGCUUUUUCAGUGGGGUUUUAUUAGGUUACAAAUUUACAGUUCUACGGCCAUGAAAAU